AACCUUGCAUUUUUUAAUCACAAUCGUUUUCAUUGUACACGAAUUUAAAAAAUAACAAUUCGAAUGUAAUUGUUUAAAACGGAGGUAAAAAUGAGUUCCGAACUAAUUGCUCAGCUGGAAUCUGCAGCCGGUGUCAUACUGGCACCCCCAAAUCUGGUAAAUAAUGAGCAGAGACACGCAGCGGAAACCAUAUUUUUGAAUUUCAGAAAAACGAAAUCACCCUACGCAAUUUGCCGAGAAAUUUUAGAGAAAUCUCAAAAUGAAUAUGUGCUUUUUGAAGCUGCAGAAGUAAUUCGUGGUGCCAUUAUCAGAGAAUGGUCCUUUUUAAUGGAAGAGGAUAAAGCCUCAUUGAGACAAUACUUAUUUCAAUAUAUUACUAAUAGAAGUGUUCCUGCAUUUGUACAAAAUCGAAUUUUGCAAACCAUAGCCAUCAUAGUGAAGAGAUACAGUGUUGAUGAUGGUGGCAGAUGUAGAAGCUCAGUACUACAAGACAUUGAAAAUCUCAUUGUUAAUGCUGAUCAAGAUAAGAAAAUGCUGGGCUGCAGUUUAAUAAGAAAUCUCCUUCAAGAAUACUCAAUUACUCUGAAUUCUACUGAUGUUGGGCUCCCUUUUGAGGUUCAUAUGAAGGCAAAAAAAGAGUUUGAAGCCCAAGAUCUGAAAAGGAUUUUUCAGUUUUGUGUGUAUCUCUUAUCUGAGGUGGUGAAAGCCAAUCCUCCAUAUCCCAAUAAUGUAGAACAGCUAACAAAUCAGGUGUUAAUAAUCACUGAAACCGUGCUUCAAUGGGGCUUCAUUUCCCGUGGGUUCCCGAAACGUAUCGUCAGCCUUUACGAGCGAGUACUGCAGUCCGAGCAACCGCCACAUCUAAAACUGGAAAAACAUUGGGCGGACGUUAUCUUCAAUCCCGACUUGCUGCCAUUAAUGUUCCAGGUGUUUUGGAAGGUGCGUGACAUCGAUGAGCUCUCCCAUCACGCACUCGCUUGUCUCGUCCAGUUGUCUACGCUCAGUGGACCUGUUGUGUCCUGCGACAACGACGCCGUCAAAUAUUUGCAGAAUUUUCUGGUCAAUUUUUUGAAAUUGCUGUCUAAUGUAACGAUUCGUAAAAAAGAAUCGUUGGGAAUGGCCAACAUCGUUUACAAAUUGAACUAUUACGGGGAUAACGAAAUGUCUAAGUUGCCCAAAGAAAUAUCUGACACUGCUUACGACGAAUUCACACGUUUAACGUGUACAUUUUUAGAAGAAGCUUGUAAAGAGGAUGCGGAGGGAGACGAUGAAAAAUUUUUCACGGACGCUUUCACUACCAUCUUGAGCUCGUGGGACAACCUGCUGCAUCGGUGGGGUACCGGCGGCCCUUGUGCAAUCACCAUAUUCAACAAGUACGUACAGAUGCACUUGUCACCACCAGACGGGGCGCGCCGUCCGUACUGCGACGACGCAGACAUCGAGGAGGGUGAGGACAACGACCGCAUCCGCUAUCGCGACCAACUGCAAAUUCUCGGUCAGAUUGCCCGAAGUGUGCCGGAUCACUCUCUGACGGUCAUCUGCAAUUUGUUGCAGACCACAACGAAUAAGUUGGUGAAUCACGUGCAAGCGAUGCAAAGCCGACCGAUGACUAUUGCAGAGGCCACCGCCCUGAAUAACCUAUUCGAAGAUCUGCACUGGGCGCUGCUCGUUGCCGGCCAUACGUUGUGCGUGGACACCCAAGGCGAAUAUCCUCAGAUGCCGUCCGAGAUUGUCGCACAUUCGGCCCACGAGUACCAGAUUGGUAAGACCACCAAGGAGGCUACCUUUCACACCCUCGCGGCCAUCGAAGCGAAAUCCGGCACGGCGCCCGACGAUUUCGACAAGUGUGACUCGGUGUUUAGGAUUAUAUUUCUUGUGAUGAAGCUUUCAAACAUUGAGGAGUAUGCUAUAACCAAUAAUUUGGGUCACUUUAUGAGCCCGGAAUUGGCGUCCACGUUAAUGUGGUUUUUUAAGAGCUGGUGUAUCAGUUAUCUGCAUCCCAAAAACGUUAAAUAUUCUGGAGGAGGCAGCCCCAUUUUACAGGAGAUAUUUGAGUCUGACAACAAGUAUACUAUGGUAUUUUUUAAUAUGUUGAUCUCUAAGGUUUUAUCAAACCUUUAUUUUUACGAAUCUGAACCGAUAUUAAUGAGAGAUGCCGCAGACUUGUUUUGCGUAAUAGUUUCUGUGAAAGAAAGUGGAGCUGGAAAAUCGGAAGGAAUGCGAAACCUAAUCCGUUGGCAACAGGAAUUGCGUAUUGCAUCUUUACCACCGGGUAUUUUGAAGAACGUUAUGAAAGGUCUAGUAUGGGCUGGAGCCACCAUAAUUAAUCAGCAGGAAAAAAUCAAUUACUGCGACGUAAUUAUCACUCCUGUUCAGAACAAACUAAAAGGGUUCCUGCAAAAGGAAAAUCUUCAACGCAUUUAUCACAACGAAGAUGUUCAGAAAGAGUUUAUUGAUAUUUUGGAGUUAAUGACUGGAAUUGUGUUAGGUGUCAAGAGAGAAACUGUUGAAAUCGUUAUGCAGGUCUUAGGGCCAAUGUUGAUGGAGAUACCUGUGUUCAUUAGAGUAUACAGCAACUAUCAGUUAAUUGUACAAUUAAUAUUAGAGUUGUUUUGUGAAAGUGCUAAGAAUAUGCUGGUUUAUUUGAGCCCUGGCGAAACGAAAACGUUAUAUGACUGUACCCUGCAAAUUGUUCAGCAUUAUUCCAAGUGUAAUGUAAAUCGUUUCACGUCCGAAACAUGCGCAGAAGAGAACAGCUUACAAGAUUUAUCUCUGUUACUGGACCUGUUGACCUAUACAUUGUCAAAAGACUGCCUAGAUCUAUACAGUAUUAACGAAUACGAAGACACAAUGAUGUGCGCCUCAGAUGUUGCGUUGAUGGGUCUGAAUUUCCUGAUGCCUCUGAUGACAAUGGACCUGUUGAAGUAUCCAGCCUUGUGUGCGCAGUAUUACAGGCUACUUGUAUUAAUAAAUGACAUAUUUCCAGAGAAGAUAGUUGCUCUCCCACAGAACAUGCGAACCACUUUACUACAGUCCAUUGAGUUGGGUCUUACCUCUUUUGGGCAAGACACUUGUCAACAUUGUUUAGAGUUCCUUGAAGGUCUGGCAUUGCAUGUAUUCAAACAAAAACUAGCCAAUACCGAGUUUGGCGAGGCAAUAAAAGUGUUUUUGAAAUUAAUAUUAGAUUUAGCGCUUUCGAAUCAAAUAUGCGCUGAUCUUAUGUCCCAUGCUGGUGUAAUUAUUUAUGAACUGAUGUGCAGUUUCCAAGGAGAGUAUGAAAUGUUGGUAAAUGGUUUAAUACAUAUGCAGGCUGAUUCACUUAUUGCCAACAGACUGGCAACUGCUUUUAAUAACUUGACAAUUAACAUUGUAAUGAACUGUGAACGACAAAUGAAAACUAAGUUUAAAGAAAACUUUGAAAAAUUCAUUGCAAAUGUGCACGGAUUUUUAAUAAUCAAGUAAAUACUGUUAUAGGUGCUAUAAUUAUCAAAAAAGAAAAUAACUUAUUUUUGAUACAUCAUUGAUUUUAUCUUGUGAUAUUCACAGAAUUGUAUUAAAUAUGUAUUAUAUGUGCAACAUUUUUGUUUGAUGUGUGUUCAAAAAUGGACAUAAUGAAAUUUCUUGUCUUAAGUUGACUUGUUUUAUUUAAUUUUUAAAUGUUAGUGUUAACAUUAAAGCUAUUUUUAUAUGCAAUGUAAGACUAUUUAUUAAAAUAAAUGAUUUAAAAAAAUACUGCUUUAUUUCCAGAUGUAGUCCAU